AACCUUCGCCUCUAUCAUCCUACUCACUCCCUGCAAACGUUCCAGGCUAGCGCGGACUUGGAUUCGGACCAAAAGAAACCCCGGCGCUCCCAGAGAAUCUCUAGCCAGACCCAUCCCCACGAGACCCCGAUUGAUUAUCAAUACCUGCCGACGCCGUUGACGAAUCGAAAGGAAGUGACGGCCACUCCCCCCGCGAGCGCGAAGACCGCUCGUCAACGAACGCCCAACAUAGAGCUGCUGCACUCCACUUCCUCGCCGCCCGGAGAUACGCAGGCGUUGUCACAAUACGUGUAUCCGCCAAGGGCCUUUGCAGACGAAGUGGACGACGAGAAUGCAGAAGGCGUCUGGGGUUAUCUGCUUCCCCUCGAUGACACGGUCGAGAACUCGCUUGUUUUGAAGACGCGUACCAAUUGCGAGAACCGGGAUACCAAUGCUACAAAAGACAAGUCCGCCAAGCCGACCCAACGCUUGGGAAGAGAGCCAUCUCGCAGGCAAAAGAACGGCCAUCCACCGAGCGGCUACUUGGUCGGCCGUCACCCCGAAUGUGAUUUGGUUAUCAACAUUUCUACCAUCUCCAAUCGUCACUUCCUCCUUUUCUUGGAAAAGAAGGAUGGCGACAUAGUGGCUGUUGUGGAGGAUCUCUCCAGUAACGGGACGUACGUCAACGACGCCCUUGUUGGGCGAAACCAGCACCGUGAGCUCGAACACGGGGACGAGAUUUCAAUCAGGGGCGAGUCGCGGUUUGUCUUCCGUUAUCCUCGCUCUCGAGGUACGAAUGGCUUCCAUCAACAGUAUCGGAAGGACAAGAAGCUCGGAAAAGGCCACUUUGCGACUGUGUACAUCUGCUACGAACAGGUCAGCGGCAAAAAGUAUGCGGUCAAGAUCUUUGAGAAACGCGUGGGAGAUUCGCAGAAAGCCCGGGAUGAAUCUUUUCAGAAAGAAAUUGGCCUGUUGAUGAGUGUGAACCACCCGAACCUUCUUUGUCUGAAGGAUACCUUUGAUGAAACCGAUGGAGCCUACUUGGUGCUGGAGCUGGCCAACGAGGGUGAAUUGUUCAAUUUGAUUAUGACCAAGCAGAAACUCAGCGAGGCCGAAACCCGUCGAAUCUUCCGACAGCUGUUCGACGGGCUCAAGUAUCUGCAUGACCGAGGAAUUGUUCACCGCGAUAUCAAGCCCGAGAAUAUUCUUCUUUCAUCCUCGGCUGACAGCAAGCAAAUGGUUGCGAAGCUGGGCGACUUUGGUCUUGCCAAAAUCAUCGGCGAGGACUCAUUCACCACAACGUUGUGCGGUACACCAUCUUAUGUGGCCCCAGAAAUCCUGCGGCCGGGCGAUCACCGCCGGUAUACGAAAGGAGUGGACGUCUGGUCCCUCGGCGUCGUUCUCUACAUCUGUCUAUGCGGAUUCCCGCCUUUCUCGGAUGAGCUGUUCACCGAGGAGAACCCAUAUAACCUCGCCCAGCAAAUCAAGAUGGGCCGAUUCGAUUAUCCCUCGCCGUAUUGGGAUUCCGUGGGCGACCCGGCGCUCGAUCUCAUCGACCGCAUGCUCACCGUGGACGCCGAUAAGCGAAUUACGGUGGACGAGUGUCUCGAACACCCAUGGCUCAUCGGGGACAAUCUCAGUCUGACCGACAGUACGGACGGACUGACUGGCGCUCUGGGCAAGUUGGACUUUUCGAAGCGCAAGGUCCAACGGGAGCGGACCAUGCUCAGCAGCGUGAAUGAUGUAAACUACAGCGAACAUGCUGAGGGCGGCAGCACCCCCGUCAAGGUCUUCCACAAGAACGAGGCCGGGAAGCGGGUGCACAAUCGGCCGGCUAAGAAGCGCGAGGCCUCCCCGAGUGGUACUCGAGCGCCACACGACUUCAUCAACCUGGGUCAGCACGGCGACCCGGCGCUAUACGAUGAGGAGCCCAGCAGUCGCUACCGGUGA